CCUCGGAUCUCUCGCCAAGAUGUCCUGCUACGAUCUGUGCCCACCAAGGAGCAGCUCUGAGCUGUGCCCACCCAGAACCAGCGUGGCUGUUCCCCAGCCCAUCGCUGAGAGCUGCAACGAGCUGUGCGCCCGCCAGUGCCCCGACUCAACGGCCCUGAUCCAGCCGCCGCCAGUGGUGGUCACCUUCCCCGGGCCCAUCCUCAGCUCCUUCCCCCAGCAAGCCGUGGUGGGCUCCUCCGGAGCCCCGGCCUUUGGCGGCUCCCUGGGGCUGGGCGGCCUCUACGGCGCCGGCGCCACCCAGGCCUCGGGAGGCCUCUGCACCUUUGGCAGAGCCUGCGCUGCCCCAGCCUACAGCCCCUGCGCCUUGCCCCGCUACAGCAAGAAGUUCUGGGACACCUGCGGGCCCUGCUAGACUCAAGUCCAUUGCCUUUCUUAUCUGUUGGCAAUGAAGAUGUCUAGAAUUUGGUCAUCCCAAUUGUUGCCGCAUAACUCUCAACUUCAAGCCUGUUCUUACACUUAGUAUUUUACUUAAUCUUCAGCUUUGUGUUUUCUUUUGCAAAUGUAUUACGCCUAACAAUUUCAUUUUUCUUUCUUUAUCUUUGAUCUUUUUUUUUUUGUCAUUUAUAUCAACCUCAUGUCGUAUUUGUCUUUAUUUAGUUCUGCUUGUUGACAAGUGGAUGAGUUAAAAAUUUUAGCUUUUUUAUUUUUUUGUUUCUCUUUUACCUCUGUAUUUCCCAUGCUUUCCUUUGUACUCUGAGUGUGAUUCUAAGU